AUGGCCGAAGAAAGAGUAAGGAUUACAGAAGAACAACAACCAACCAUGACAGCCGCCGGCGCCGCCCCUCCACAAGGCCAGACCACAGCCCAAGAACACCCCACAACCAACUCCACCACCGCCACCGUGGACCACAGAAAACUCACUCUCAUCCCCCUCAUCUUCCUUAUCUACUUCGAAGUCGCCGGCGGCCCAUAUGGAGAAGAGCCGGCCGUCCAGGCCACUGGUCCUCUGUUCGCCAUCCUCGGCUUUCUCAUCUUCCCUUUCAUCUGGAGCAUCCCUGAAGCCCUAAUCACCGCCGAGCUCUCUACCGCCUUACCCGGCAACGGCGGCUUUGUGAUCUGGGCUGAUAGAGCCUUUGGCCCCUUCUGGGGCUCCGUCAUGGGUACUUUAAAGUUCCUCAGUGGAGUCAUCAACGUUGCAGCUUUCCCAGCUCUGUGUAUAGAUUACUUAAAAAAAAUCUUCCCCAUCUUCUCUUCAGGGCUUCCUCGAUAUCUUGCCAUUUUGCCACACAGAUGGAUCAGUACAGGCCAAAAGGGUGUGGAAAAAGAUUGGACUUUGUUCUUCAACACCCUCUUUUGGAACCUCAACUUUUGGGACAACGUCAGUACUAUGGCAGGUGAAGUUGACAACCCACAAAAAACCUUUCCGGUGGCUCUAUUUUCUGCAGUGAUUUUCACUUGUUUGAGCUAUAUAAUUCCGCUUUUGGCCGUCACUGGGGCUGUAUCGGUUGAUCAGAAUGAUUGGGAAACUGGUUUCAUGGCCGACGCAGCAGAGAUGAUCUCCGGCAAAUGGUUGAAGUUCUGGGUUGAAGUUGGGGCUGUUUUAUCAUCAAUCGGACUCUUUGAAGCACAAUUAAGCAGUUGUGCUUAUCAGCUUUUGGGUAUGGCGAAUUUGGGGUUUUUGCCAAAGUUUUUUGCACAUAGAUCGAAAUGGUUCAACACCCCUUGGGUGGGGAUACUAUUAUCAACUGUGAUGGCACUAGCCGUUUCUUACAUGAAUUUUACUGACAUUGUGUCUUCAGCAAAUUUCUUGUAUAGUUUGGGUAUGUUGUUAGAGUUUGCUUCUUUUCUUUGGCUAAGGAGAAAGUUCCCCACAAUGAAGCGACCUUACCGCGUUCCGAUGAAGCUCCCAGCGCUGGUGAUCAUGUGCUUGAUUCCAUCUGGUUUUUUGGUGUAUAUAAUGUCGAUUGCAACCAAAGUUGUUUAUUUGGUAAGUGGGUUGAUGGCUGUAGCUGGGAUUGGAUUUUAUUUCUUGAUGAAGGUUUGCAAGUCAAAGAGGUGGCUUGAGUUCAGCAACGGUGAUAGUGAGGAAGACUUCUGA